AUGACCGAGGUGUAUGACGAGUCCGACGUGAGCGAGACAACUUUGCUCAAAGAAUUGACCAUUCCAUUGACUGAUCCAGUGGAAGGGAUUGCAAAGAUGCUGACUUCUGCAACAGCCAGUGCAAUACAGUGGCUCCCCAAGACAAUCUUGACAUUUGUAGACCCCAUCCUGGUCGCAGACGACGCAUCUCCUAUCUUCUGGUGGAGCUUCUCGAUCCAGGAGGUGAUCUAUCAUUUGAAUUGCAAUGCAACAUUUUACAUGAACUUGCCAUGGUUUUUGGGAGUUGCAAAGGCUCGAAUGAGCCUUGCUCGUGCUCGCAUGUCUUUUUUUGCUUGCAAGAGGGACCUUGACCCAAGUCUUCCUACCCUUGCUGCCCCUGGCUUCUACCCUGUGGGAUUUUUGCAGUGGGGUGCAUCUACCUAUCUUCAUCUUAUUUUCUGA